ACGGAGACUUUUUUUUAGUUGUAAUACAACAUCAAGUGUGUGUGUGUGUCGAGCUGCAGAGAAGAGACGAGGGUUUUUGUACUACAAACUUUGUAGAUAUUUGUAUGUACUUCAUCUUACUUAACUAAACUUUACAAGAGAGCUAAAACUAACCCAAACUGCAUAGAGGAUUCUCUCCUCUCUUUUCUUGGACACGCGUUCUUUUCGUUUACUUUUGUUUAGCUCGACUUUUUGGCAAUUAGCAUUAGGAUUCCUCCGUGAGUUCAGAACAACGAGAUCAUCAUUCACAUUUCAACCUUCUCCUUACGGGUUUACUAUUAGUUGGCUGAAAUCAGAGCUGGCGAGCUAGUGAGAGUGGUGUGGGUGUCUCUUCUUCUUCUCUCCACAUUCAUCUCGAGCUCCCUCAUCUCAUCCACCGCUCAAGAAAUUCAUCUCGUUAGAAGAAGACCAAGAACAAGAGAUUCUUCUAAUUAUUAUAUAGCAUCAGUCACUGCGAAACCCACCAACAACAUCGUCAUCACGACACCUUCUUCUUCUUCAGUCGUCUGGUGGAUGGACAUCAUCGUCACGGAAAAAAGAGAAAUAAAGUUAUUACGACCCUGGUGGUGUGGGUUUUAUUUAGCCACUUAUUAAGAAGAAGAAGAGAUAAAGUAUAUAUAGCAAAUUCGUAUUGGACCAGAUUGUGGCUUCUACUUUAAUUAAGAAAGAAGAAAGAAAAAGAGAGUGGCAUCACUGUACGGGAAAUUAUUUAUUAGUCGAGAUUAAUGAGAAAGCAGUGAAGAAAUAAUUGGUGGGGACGAGAAGAAGGAGAAAGUUCGAGAGAAAGUGUGUUCAAUCAAACCGGCGAAGAAGAAGGAGUAUUUUAUUUUACUAAAGUUGCAAGAUUUUGGGACUAUUGUAUCGUUGAAUGUCUUGUUAAGAAGGGUGGCAAAGAGACUAAUUGUAGUUAAUCAGACGGAUAAAGAAAUGUCUAGCAGACAACUUCAGAAUAACCACAAGAUCGUGGUCGUGGGGGCUGGAGGGGUGGGAAAAAGUGCCAUCACAAUCCAGUUCAUUCAGAGCUACUUUGUCCAAGAUUAUGACCCCACGAUUGAAGACUCUUAUACGAAACAAUGUGUUAUAGACGAUAUACCCGCUAAGCUGGACAUACUGGACACUGCUGGGCAGGAAGAGUUCAGUGCGAUGCGAGAACAAUACAUGCGGUCUGGAGAAGGCUUUCUCCUCGUCUUCUCCGUCACAGAACGCUCUUCUUUCGAAGAAAUAUCAAAGUUUCAUCGACAAAUUCUGAGAGUCAAAGACAGGGACGAAUUCCCGAUGCUUAUCGUUGCAAAUAAGGCCGACUUAGAAAUGCAACGAGCGGUGAGCCGAGAAGAAGCACAAAACCUUGCUCGUCAAUUACGCGUUCCUCUGAUCGAAUGCAGCGCAAAACUGCGUAUGAAUGUGGACCAGGCAUUUUACACUUUGGUGCAAAUUAUCCGACAAUUUCAACAAAUGGAGCGUCCCCUGCUGAAGCAACAACGAAAGAAGAAUAAAAAAUGUAUCCUGUUUUAAAAGGGGAAAUAAUUAAUUAAUUGUCCAACCCUGUCAGAAAAUCCUUACAAAAUUACUUCACUGCGUCAUAUUUGAUCAUUACGGUAACUUUUUUUGCAAGAGGAGUUGUGGUACUACAUACAUAGAUUUAUGCGCUAACCGUAUUAUUUUGUAAUGAGCAGAACACAAGUCUUGAGUCAUUUCGGACAAUGUCCAUAAUUAUUAUCCACUUUAACUACUAUAUAUUGAAGUUUAAUUAUUUUACACACAAGCUGGUAGCGAGUGCAACACAGUGCAAUUAUUAAUAUUGUAUAUCUUCCACAUACGAAUGAUUCUCAUUAAUAUUAUUCACAACUUUUUCCAUUCAAUGGCAGCAUAUAUCUAUAUAAUGAAAUGAGCAUGUUCUUGUUCCGUUUUAUAGUAGAGGAAGGAAGGAUGAAAGGGAAGGAAACUGUGUAAAAUCGACAUAUCCAAUUUCAAUAAUAUGCGUGCGGGUAAUGUACGUAACACAACAAAGACGAUCAUGUUUUGCCAAUAUGACAGAUAUUCUUCAAGUCAGCCAUUGUAUUAGACCUUCAGUCGCACCAAGAAAUGCACUCAACUGACCCAACACACUUAUAACAAUUACUGAUGCUAUAAUAAUGCUAAGAAGAAGAAGAAGAAAUAAUAAUAAUAAUAUUAAUGGAUGGUACUAAAUAUACUAAAUUAUAGGAAAAGAACCAUCUGUCAACAACGUUGCCUCAAAGAAGUUUACUGACAACGAGGACGUACUAUUCAAGUACAUACCUAAAUAUUUACUACUAAAAACUACUAGUAUUUUACACAAGGUCUAAACCGUGGUGAGAGAGAAAUAAUUAUUCAUAAGGAUUCGAUGAAUGAAAACCGAUACAAUUAUUAUUCUAGUAGUGAGUAAGUCGCUAACAAUUUAGUACGCUUACCAAACAAUCGCAAUGUAUACCAAAUUUUGCAUUGUAUCGUUAAAUAGUAAAUCAGCGCUUCCCUUGGUGUGCUUCCUACGUAAAUAAUUAUUACAAAAAAAACUCCUCCCUCGAUCACUCGUAAAUUUCAAAAUCGGAACCCGGAACCCACCAAAAGUGCCUUCUUAUACAUAUUACUUAUUAUAACGUUAGAAAUGAAUCCCGUGUUCUGCAACAACUCUUCUAUGAAAAAAAAUAUUGCUAAAUUUUUCGCAUUUCAAUGUCGUGGAUCGGAUUAUUAUUCCUUGUUCUUAUUGCUAUUACUUAUUAUUCUUAAAUGCAUUAUGAUUGAUAAUGUCAUCAAUUAUUUGCUGUCACUCUAAUAGGUUGUGUUUUCCAAUCCGCACUACUGUUCAUACAUCACAAUCCACUGUACAAAAUCAGAGGUACUACUAAAUACUACUACUAAAUAUGUAUAAUAUGUAAUGUGUCACUUAUUGCUUACGAUGCCUUUCCUAUUACCAUUACUUCUUGUUUUAUAUAAGUUACAUGAUAACGAUGACACGAUGUCGUUGAUGACAAUCAACAAAUGAUCGUGGAAAUAAUUGUGACCAAAUUUUAUAAUAUUUCAAACAAACUAAAAACAUGCACUACUACUCAUUGUUCAAUCCAACCAAACUAUACACAUACAUUUAUUAUAUUUAGUAACUGAGACAAUCUCUCUUGUUUUAAAUCUUGUUGUUUACAUAUAUUGACCAAUCAUCACUAUUGUUACUCACCAUUUUAAUUUGCAUUGUUGCAAUUUUAUUCAGAGUCGUACUAAAUACUUCGUAUAUACGUUUUAAUAAUGCAAGUCGGCAAUAUAAUUGAUAUUCAUGGAUUGUUUUUGCUUUUUUUAUUAAUCAAUUUUAGGACUUUUUUUUAGUCCGCUGAAAACGGCAAAGUUUUAACAAGCUAAUCACUUAUUACCAAAAAAGCUGGUCGUUGUAUAAAAAAAACUCGAAUAAGUGUCCUACUCUUGUUUGACAUUUUAAUAUGUUGGAUAUAUAUUUAGACUAUAAUAAUAAUAAUAAUUAAUAAUAAUAAUAUACAAUAUUUACCUUGAAAUGAUGCCAAGGCGUUAGAGAUGAAUUAUUCCAGUUAAUUUUUGGAUAAUCACUAUACUGUGCAUAUUAAUGCUACAAAACUGCCAAUGUAUUAAUUUUCACCCUAUGUUGUUGUAACUGUUAGACUGGGUCCAUAUUUUUAUAAAAUUUAAUUCGUUUGACAUAAUAAAAACUUCUAAUAAAUUUCUGA